AUGAAUGAAGCUUCCGCCACAUCAACCAAUGGUUGGUUGCGCAGAAGAUCUGUUAAAUUUACGUCAUCGUACAAAGAAGAAUCAGACUUGGAGAAAGUGUCAGGUCCAGAAGAAGAACCAUGGUCAGAAGAAGAACUCGACUCAGAAGAAGAACGUCAUUCGAAGCCUCCUAUCUCGCCACCUAAGACAGCUACGCCCAAAAGAAAGAAUAUCAAGACUCCCAAGCCACCAAAGACUGUCAAACCCCCCAAAGCGGAGAAAAUCAAGCCUCCCCAAGGAGCUAGGAUCAGAACUCAGUACAUCUCCACUCCCACAGAAAUCUUUAUCCACCCCAUUGAAGCUACUCACGAGGACAUGGAAGGCUUUACGCUCAAUGGCGAGGGCAAAUUAGUGUAUCAAGGAGAAGCAAACAAAGAAGACGGCAUAUUAAAAUGGUGCCUCAAACCCCGAAUGAUAAGCGCAAGAUCGCCAAGCUGCCCCGAAAGAUACAUGACCGAGCCACCCAAAGAAACCCUCAAGAAGUGGCGCGCGUAUUGUGCAUUUCGAGGUCUGGAUCCCUCGGGCACUCGAGAAGAGAUGCAGCGGAGACUGCGGGAUCAUUUUUCCGCUUUCAUGUACGACAUAGAUACCCCGGAGUUUAUGGCAAAAUUGGAAUCGGUUCGCUUGAGACACAUAAUCGUUAGAGAAACAUUACGCAAUAAUGGUGUUGUUUCUUGGGAAAUGCGUAAUGAAGCUGAACGAACCAGAUUGUGGGGUCUACUAUCGGCAGAGCAGCAAUUCGAAAAGAACAUCUCGUUGUUUAUUACUGAGAAUAUAUCUAGAUCCCGAAUACAAGAUGUAUGGGUCUUUGAAUCGCGCCCUAAAUUUUCGGAAACUGAAUGGGUUGAGUUCUUGGGCAAACCGCAAAAUUCGGCUAUUGGCUUGGUGUUUACGACGUCUCCUGAGCCCGCUUAUCCAAACGAUGGAGAUCAGAAUGUAAAAUAUCAACGGGGUGGAAUAGAAGAAGUCCUUUACCACAAACCGUACCUUGGUGGAACUUGGGUAGGAACGGGAUUUCAAAAGGGGAUGAUCCUCGGCAGAACUUCAUUGCUAGUGAAGCAGAAAAUAGAGGAGAUGUGCGAACAGAUCAGAAAAGAUAUCAUUGGAAAAUACGUCGAAAGUACCAGAAACUCGAAUGAGCAAAAUGUGGAUUCGGCGCAAUCAUCCAAUGCGGAGACCUGGACAACGCAAGAAGAACGACACGCGCAAGCUCUGUGGAAUCUUGGAGAUUCAACCAAAAAGCCAUCGCAUUUCUCGUAUCGAUUUGGAAAGGUUGCGAAAGAGCCAUUUUCGUCUCAGCAAAUCCGCUCGCCUCCGGUCACUCCUACGCCAGCUCGCUUUUUCGAUCAUGCUCGAUACACUAAUGUCGAGGAGGUUGAAAGCUUCGAUUAUGCUCGAUACACUUAUGACGAGUACGGUGAUUUUAUAGAUCAUGCUCCCUUUGAUUAG